GAGCGCCUGCGCAUUUAGGACGCCUGGCGGGGGUUGUUGUGGGAGCGGCGGAGGCUUCGACUUCCACCCUCCCUGGGAGUCAGCGCUGCCCGACUCGAGGAUACCCGGCCGUUAGCAAGUCCGCCCUCCGGGUGGGGACCCGCCGCCACAAUGUCGAUUUUCACACCCACCAACCAGAUCCGCCUGACGAACGUGGCCGUGGUGCGCAUGAAGCGCGGGGGGAAGCGCUUUGAGAUCGCUUGCUACAAGAACAAGGUCGUGGGCUGGCGCAGCGGCGUGGAAAAAGAUCUUGAUGAAGUUUUGCAGACCCACUCGGUGUUUGUCAAUGUUUCUAAAGGCCAAGUUGCUAAAAAGGAAGAUCUCAUCAAUGCUUUUGGAACCGAUGACCAGACUGAAAUCUGUAAGCAGAUUUUAACAAAAGGGGAAGUACAGGUGUCAGACAAAGAACGACACACACAGCUGGAGCAGAUGUUUAGGGAUAUUGCAACAAUCGUAGCAGAUAAAUGUGUCAAUCCUGAAACAAAGAGACCAUACACUGUCAUCCUCAUUGAAAGAGCAAUGAAGGACAUCCACUAUUCCGUCAAACCCAACAAGAGUACGAAGCAGCAGGCCUUGGAAGUAAUAAAACAGUUGAAGGAGAAUAUGAAGAUUGAGCGGGCCCACAUGAGGCUUCGAUUCAUUCUGCCUGUGAAGGAGGGGAAAAAGCUAAGAGAAAAACUCAAACCACUGAUCAAGGUGAUAGAAAGUGAAGACUUUGGUGACCAGUUAGAAAUCGUGUGUCUAAUUGACCCUGGCUGCUUUAGAGAAAUUGAUGAGCUGAUACAGAAGGAGACAAAAGGAAAAGGUUCUUUGGAAGUUCUCAGCUUGAAAGACGUGGAAGAAGGAGAUGAGAAAUUUGAAUGAAAGCUUUUCACCAUCUCUUUACUGAUAAACACAACACUAAAAGGUGUUCUUACUUCCCUCAGCACUGUUAACUUCUGUGUUUUUUUUUCCUGCCAAUUACUUGCUUAGACUGCUUAAUUUGAGGUUUUCAUUCUAGUAUGUGUGGUAAUUAAAUAAGUCACUUAUAUACAGAAUAUUCAGGAUAAAAAUCCUAAUGUGGGAUAAAUGCAUCCUGGCUGUCAAGUUGGGCUACUAAUGUUAAAAGCAGCAGGGUGAACCUCUUCCUCUUGGGCAGUCUGCCUGGGCAUCUGGGCUUGCUGUGUCAUCUUAAUUUUUGACAGCGGUCAUUCUUUGUUAACUUUACAUCCAUGAAAGUUGUCUCAAAGUUUACACUAAAAAUUCAUGCUUUAGAAAUAUCCCUUGAUAGAAAUGGAAUGUGUGCAGAAAGAUGUAAGCCUGAAGCAUUUCUACAUGACAAUUGGAGUGAUUUUAAUUUGGCCUAAUAUUAAGCUGGGUGUUAGGACUUCCCAGCUGACACUGCUGUGUGUGUGUGUGUGUGUGUGUGUGUCUGUGUGUCUGUGUGUGUCUGUGUCUGUGUGUCUGUGCACUCGCGCAGUUACUGACUGUCCAUCAGUAUUCUCAUUUAGUAAACAUGCUGCCAAAAUAUAAAAGACUAUCUUUGGUUUUAGGGGAAAAAAAGUCAUCCAUGAUAAUUUUUAAAAUUUAUAAUAUAUGUUAAUAUGAAUGAAGCUAUAUGUAACAAAUAAAACCUCUUUUAUUUUUAUUAAACAAUGACCUGUGUGUUUCUAAACAAUAUCUUCCCAUUUUUGUCAGUUUUACAUUUUGUGUGAUGUAGGACUGAGAAAUAUCGUGACUUCUUUUGGAUUUGUAAAAGAAAGUUUAAUUACUUAAUACAAACGUCCAAAUAAAUGGACUUCAAUUUUUUUUUUAAGACAAACUCCUAAAAUAGGUUACGUUACAGAAGAUGAAUCAUAGCUUUACGCAACAGAGAUUUAACAAAACAAUAUUUUUCCUUAGUAAAAAACAGAAAAUAAAUUCCCCCUUGUAAAUAAGCCUUAUAUACAAUUCUUAGGUACUUCUUAAUCAUUAGUGCUAUAUACCCUAAUCAUGUACCGGAUGUCCUAAUUAGAUCUUUCUCAGAUACAAACAUCUCCCAAGACUAAAUUAUUUUACACUAAAAUUGUUUAUUUAAAAAUUUAUUUCAAGUUUUACAUUCCUUCUGGUAGGACAGAUAUCCUUACUGCUUAACAUGUGUGGAAAGGAAUAUUAAUGAUGGUAUUUGACAUGCGCAGAGUGCCCAACCAGUUGGCAUCUACUUUUCUGUCCAAGAUUUGUUUUGUAAUCAGUUUAAGUUUUCCUAUAAAACUUAAUCAUGUAGUUGGCAUUAAAUGCAUUUAUCAUUAA